AUGAGUAACCGGCUCGAGUCCCUCUCCAAACCUAGCAAGCCGGGCCUCAAGUUCAAGCCGAAAGCGGUCAAGCGGAAGCUGGAGAUCGAGCGGGCCAAAGACGCCCCGCUGGCCCCCACCGUCCCCACCAAACCCACCCGGGGCGCCUUCCGAGGCCGCGGCCGGGGCGGCGCUAGAGGCGGCAGAAACCGCUACGAGGGCACUCACGUGGUGUCGCUGGGGCCGUUGCUGGCAGGAUCAGUGUCUCUCGGAGGCCUGCUGCUGAUGAAUAAGCUAGGAUUGACGGGAGACCAGGUAUACAACAAUGGCCUGCUGGAGGCCGACGCCCCGCAAUUUCUCAAGGCCGACGAGCCCACGGAGAUCGACAUGACCCACGCCGACUUUGACGAGCCGUUGUUCCCCGUGAGAGCCGCCAGGGACGACUCCAACUCGCCGGAACCCGAGGUCCCGGGCUCGGUGAGUCUAGACGGCGACAGCGACACCACGCGACUGCCGCUGCCAGUUAAAUCUGAAACGCCCGCUUUGGAGACGAUUCAGGAGAAGAAGAAAGAGCUCGAACUGAAAUUGGUCCAGGAAACCGAGGCCAACGCCUCCGCCGACGAGCACUCGCAAAUGAUCGCCGACCACCAACAGAUCUUGGAUAUGGUCACCCACGCCGACGCUCCUCCCUUCAUCAUGCACUUACCGGCAUUACCCACUUAUAGCGGCUCCAGUGGUGAGAUCGGCCAGCUCCGUUUGCACCAGCUGGGCAAGGUUACCAUGGCGUUGGGUAAUGACAUCGUCGUUGACGUCACCCGUGGCGCCGACGUCGACUUCCUCCAGCAGUUAGCCCAUUUACAGUUGACGGAGACAGUUGAAGAAGACGUGGACAUGGUCGACGGCCACGGGCGACCGGUGAGGGGCAAAUUGGUCUCGGUGGCCCCGGUAAGGGAGGACUAG